AUGGCGCCCAACACCUUCACCCUUGCUGCCGACAAUAGCCCGCACCUCCUCCCUAUCCUACGCGCAAAUCCCUCCCUCGCGUCAGCACAGGACGACCAUGGCUACUCUCUCGUUCACGCAGCUGCAAGCUACAAUCACCUAGACCUACUACAGACUUUAGUACACGAGUUCCACGUUGACCCGAAUAUUAGAGAUGAAGAUGGCGAGACGGCUUUAUUCGUGGUCGAGAGCGUAGAGCCUGCGCAGUGCCUCCUUGAGGAGUUAGGAGCGGAUCUAACAGUCAAGAAUGAAGAGGGUAUGACUGCCGAGGAGAAGAUACGGGCUGAAGGAGAGUAUCCGACGAUAGCGGACUUUCUGAGGGAGUCCAGAGUCAGAGGAACUCCGGCCGUCGGGGAUACUCAAUCUACUCAGAACGGAUCACAUCCACCUCCUCUUCCGCCCAAUGUAAAGGUACAUUUGGGGACUAUGGAAGACCCGCAAGCAAUAGGAGAAGGCACAGAAGCGGACCCAGAGUUCAGACGGAGGAUUGAAGAGCUUGCAGCUAGGGAUGACUUCCAAGGAGAGGAAGGGCAGAAGCAGUUGAGAGAUUUGAUCAAGGAUGCUAUCAGGGGAGCUGGCAGGGAAGACGAACGACAGGUCAGGCCGAGGCUUGAGUAG